AUGGGAAGAAGUUCAAGUCAGACAGGAAGCUCAAACAAGAGACCGAUAUAUGAGCCAUCUGAUUUCGUUGAUAACACUUCAAUUUUAUCUAAAACGGUUUCGCUUGAAUCCAUAACCAAUAAUCAAAUCCUUUUAAA